ACCUGUACUCCCCAUCCUGUCCUCAUUUUGAUUUCGCUUUAAAUACCCUCUCUUGCCCAUACAGCUUUUAUCCUCAUUCUCUCCUUCCAGUCAUGUCCUCUAAAGCCAUCCGUGAAUACGACGCUAAACUUCUCCUCGCUUACUGGCUCGAGCGGGCUCCUCCUGCCCAUCCCUCGGCAACCGUCGAAUCAAAGUUCAUCUACCCUGCACCAAAAGUCGCUCAGAUAUCUUGGGACCCAGAAACAAACACUAUCACCCCAGAUUCUCACCUCCCUUCAUGGGUAUUCACUACAAAGCUCGUUGCCAAGCCGGACCAACUCAUCAAGCGUCGCGGUAAGGCGGGACUUCUCGCUCUCAACAAAACUUGGGACGAUGCGAAGGCAUGGAUCGCAGAAAAGGCUGGAAAACCACAAAGGGUUGAAUCUGUCACUGGUACACUCAACAACUUCAUCGUAGAGCCAUUCCUUCCUCACCCUUCGAAUACCGAGUACUAUGUCUGCAUUACAUCUGCCCGAGAGGGUGAUUUAAUUCUCUUCACUCACGAGGGAGGCGUCGACAUAGGUGACGUAGAUGCCAAGGCCCUCCGUCUCGCUAUUCCUGUGUCAGGGUCUUUCCCAUCCCGCGCACAAGUUGAAUCCACUCUCCUCACUCACGUCCCACAGGAAAAGAAAUCGACUCUUACCGAUUUCCUCCUUCGCCUUUACUCAGUCUAUGUCGACCUUCACUUUGCUUAUCUUGAAAUCAACCCUUUAAUCUGCCUUGAUGCUGCUACCCCCGGUGGCCAACCAACAAUCCACUACCUUGAUAUGGCCGCUAAGCUUGACCAAACUGCCGAGUCGAUCUGUGGGCCCAAAUGGGCCGUUGCUCGCGAUCUGACCGUUUAUGAACCUGGUCCAUCUUCGAGCGCCCUGCCUACAAAGCCAAAUGGCAAGGCCUCUGGUAAAGUUAGUGCAGAUCGUGGUCCACCUAUGGUUUGGCCUGCGCCAUUCGGCCGUGACCUCACGAAGGAAGAAGCCUACAUCCAAAAGUUGGAUGGAAGCACUGGUGCAUCGCUUAAGCUCACCGUUCUAAACCCAGAAGGAAAGGUCUGGACAAUGGUUGCUGGUGGGGGUGCUAGUGUCGUCUACUCCGAUGCGAUCGCUGCACAUGGAUUUGCGCACGAGCUUGCCAACUAUGGAGAAUACUCUGGUGCACCCACCGAAGGUCAGACGUACGAGUACGCCAAGACCAUCAUUGACUUGAUCACGCGUGGUACUCCCCGUCCCGACGGCAAGAUUCUCAUCAUCGGUGGAGGUAUUGCCAACUUCACCAACGUCGCAGCUACAUUCAAGGGUAUUAUCCGCGCUCUCAAGGAGUACAAAUCACCUCUUAUCGCACACGGUGUUCGUAUCUUCGUCAGACGGGGUGGUCCUAACUACCAGGAGGGUCUCAAAGCUAUGCGUCUCCUUGGCGAGUCCCUGGGUGUUCCGAUUCGAGUCUUCGGCCCCGAUACCCACAUCACAGAGAUCGUUCCCCUUGCACUGGGCGUUCAACCCGGUAGCGGCGCAGGUAGGACGGUACCCAAGAGUGUACCUGCUACAGCCCCUGCCUCGCCCAGUCGCGCGCAUCGAGUUGAACCGGAACUUGACACGGAGGCGGGUGUUGGUUCUAUCCACGCUGACGGCGAGCGUACUCAAGCUGAGGAUAAUGUCAUCCGAUUCGAUGUCAACCCCGCUGGUGCUCGUCCCGCUUAUCGUCCUUUUGACGCUGAGACACGUUCGUUCGUGUAUGGUCUUCAACCACGAGCUAUUCAAGGCAUGUUGGACUUCGACUACUCGUGCAAACGAGCUACGCCUAGUGUCGCUGCUAUGAUCUAUCCCUUCGGUGGACACCACAUCCAGAAAUUCUACUGGGGUACAAAGGAGACUUUGCUGCCCGUCUAUACCUCUGUGGAAGAAGCCGUGAAGAAGCACCCUGAUGUUGAUGUCGUCGUUAACUUUGCCAGUUCGCGAAGUGUAUACUCAAGUACGUUGGAGAUUCUGCAGUACCAGCAAAUCAAGAGCGUGGCAUUGAUUGCUGAGGGUGUUCCUGAGAGACAUGCUCGGGAAAUCUUGCACUUAGCGAAGCAGAAGGGCGUCUUGAUCAUUGGUCCUGCUACUGUCGGUGGUAUCAAGCCUGGAUGCUUCAGGAUUGGUAACUCGGGAGGAAUGAUGGACAACAUCAUUGCCUCCAAGUUGUACCGUGCUGGAUCCGUUGGCUACGUCUCAAAGUCUGGUGGUAUGUCCAAUGAGCUCAAUAACAUCCUCUCGCUUGUCACCAACGGUACCUACGAGGGUAUUGCCAUUGGCGGAGACCGUUACCCUGGCUCUACUUUCAUCGACCAUCUCAUGCGUUACGAGGCCGACCCUGAUUGCAAAAUGCUUGUACUCCUUGGUGAAGUCGGUGGUAUUGAAGAGUACCGCGUCAUUGAUGCCGUCAAAGCUGGCAAAAUCAAGAAGCCUAUAGUUGCUUGGGCUAUCGGUACAUGUGCUAAGAUGUUCACGACGGAGGUGCAAUUCGGCCACGCUGGUAGUAUGGCAAACUCGGAGCUCGAGACUGCUGAUUCGAAGAACCACGCCAUGAGGGAAGCAGGUUUCGUCGUCCCUGAUACUUUCGAGGAGCUACCUGCCGUGUUGAAGGAGACGUACGAGCGUCUUGUGGCUGAUGGCACAGUCAAGCCUAAGAAGGAGGUUGACCCCCCUGUUAUUCCCAUGGACUACAAGUGGGCUCAGGAACUUGGUCUCAUUCGUAAACCUGCUGCAUUCAUCUCGACGAUCUCGGAUGAGCGUGGACAAGAGCUGCUCUACGCUGGUAUGCGUAUCUCGGAUGUGUUCAAGGAGGAUAUCGGUCUGGGAGGUGUUGUUUCUCUACUAUGGUUCAAACGUCGUCUACCACCUUGGGCGACCAAGUUCAUCGAGAUGGUGUUGAUGCUGACGGCAGACCAUGGUCCUGCUGUGUCUGGUGCCAUGAACACGAUUGUUGCAUCGCGUGCUGGCAAAGAUUUGAUUUCGAGUUUGGCAUCGGGUUUGUUGACGAUCGGCAGUCGAUUUGGUGGUGCUUUGGAUGAAGCUGCUGCUAUGUUCAGUGGAGCGAGAGAUACUGGCCUUACGCCCAGAGAGUUUGUUGAUGAGUCAAGGAAGGCAAAUAAACUGAUCAGCGGCAUUGGACACAAAAUCAAGAGUGUGAACAACCCCGAUCUGCGUGUUGAGCUGGUUAAGGAAUAUGUUCGCAAGAAUUUCCCUAGUCACAGCUUGCUCGACUAUGCGUUGGCCGUCGAGAAGGUAACAACAUCGAAGAAGGACACACUCAUCCUAAAUGUCGACGGUUGUAUUGCUGUCUGCUUCGUCGAUCUCCUUCGUGACUCGGGCGCGUUCACUCCGGACGAAGCCGAUGAAUACAUCAAGAUUGGUACUUUGAACGGUCUUUUCGUUCUUGGCCGUUCUAUCGGUUUCAUCGGUCACCAUCUUGACCAGAAGCGUCUCCGUGCACCUCUGUACCGCCACCCUGCAGAUGAUAUCUUCAUCAACAUGGCCGACAUUUCGCAACCUCGUGUCUUGGGUAAGAUGCAGUAAUUGGUUGGGGUAGUCCUUGUGAAUUUGUGCGAACUACGUGGUUGUAAUGUGUUGGUAUGGGUAUGAAGUGACGAUAAAAGAAAGAUGUUAUAUUGGUAUGCGAUAGGAACGAAUUAAUGGUAUAAUGGGCACACACAUGAAUAGAAUUUUGUGCUUAGUUUUGCUACAUCCUUUUUUUUGACAAAAUCUUAUGAUAUUGAGACUUAGGAUCCAUCAUGUUUUGUGGUAAUAGAGAGAUUUGACAUACU